GGAACUACGCUUCUCCUCGUCCCUCGUCCCAUUGGGUUGUGCCCUAAAAGAGCGAGGCGCUGGGCAUGGUGGCGUUGUCUUGACAGCAGCCAGCGCGAAAUGUCGAUCGAGGAGAAUCCGCGGCAGUGCUUUCCGGGAACAUCCGCGAAUCAGUCCGGCCGAAACGAGGCCUGAAGCCUCGACAAUAUUUCGCGAUCGUUCGCCGCGCAUCUUCGGGCCGGAUAACUUUCGCGAAACAUGAAAAAUACCGGGCGGUGCGUCGAGGCGCCCUGCACUCGCCACUUUGACGCUAUUGUCGAGACGAUUAGCUUUAGCUGCAGCUUCGAUGUGGCCGCCGAUGGUUAUUUUUGGCCCCUGAAGGGCGCCGCCUCAGAGCACGCUGGGAACCCCGAUGCACUUUUGCUUAUUCCUCGCAUUCCUAUCGCUCUUCUAUAUUUUAUCGAUGAUCAAUUUGUCAGGGGCGAAUAAUUCGUGAAUUAUGAGAAUCAACCCGAGUAAGAUGAGCACUCCGAUCGAGGAGAAGAUAUACCAGAACCUUAAGGUUCGGACUGGUAUGGUGACUGUGAGCGAUGGAAAAAGCAAGCCGAUUCCUAUGCGUUUACAUCUCUCGAUGGAGGUUCUCAAGCUGCAGCGAGAGGACACUGAGCAGGCUAUGAAUCACAACAAGCCGCCAUUAGACGCGAAGGAAAGAAUGGUUCAGAUAACCAGACAGAAGAUAGGAGGACUGGGACUCAGCAUCAAAGGAGGUGCUGAGCACAAACUUCCGGUUCUCAUAUCCAGGAUUUAUAAGGGUCAAGCCGCUGAUCAGUGCGGUCAACUUUUCGUCGGCGAUGCCAUCAUCAAAGUGAAUGGGGAGUACAUUACGGCUUGCCAUCACGACGACGCUGUAAACAUAUUGAGGAACGCUGGGGACUUGGUGGUUCUUACGGUGAAGCAUUAUCGGGCGGCAAAGCCGUUUCUACAGAAGAAUGCAGAAAAGGAGGAAAAACUGGAUAAUGCCAGCAACGAGGUUGCAGAAGACGGUUGGAUUUCACCUAGCAGAAGAUCAGGCAGUCCCAGAUGUGGCCAUAGCAGACACAGCUCGAACGCCUCCUCUACUUCAAUUCAGGACAAAAAAUGGCUGGAUAUCAUAACCGUCCCUCUGAUGAUGGCGUACGUGACGAGAUACAUAUUUGGUACGGACAAACUGAGAAGAAACGCGUUCGAAGUGCGUGGUUUGAACGGUUCAAGAACCGGAGUAAUUCACUGUGACGACAGCGCGAUUUUGAGCCAGUGGCUGAAAUUCAUCACCGACAACGUGACGGGUGUGACGCAUCUGCAGAUGAAACUGUACAACCGCAACUUCAGCGUCGGCGAACGGAUCGAGUACAUGGGAUGGGUGAACGAGGCUGUGAGUAAUAGUAACCAACCCUGGCAGAGCUAUAGGCCAAGAUUUCUGGCGUUGAAAGGCCCAGAUUUAUUGCUGUUCGAAACGCCGCCGUGCAAUAUAGGCGACUGGUCUCGCUGCGCGUUGACGUUCAAAGUUUAUCAGACGAUGUUCAGGGUGAUGAAAGAGUCCGAAAAUGUCGACGAGAGGCAGCAUUGUUUCCUCGCCCAGAGUCCUGGAAAAUCGCCGCGUUAUUUGAGCGUUGAAACGAGGCAGGAACUAUUGAGGGUCGAAGCGGCUUGGCACACGGCAGUUUGCUCAGCAGUGACGCAUCUCAAAAGUCAGACUUUCCCGGUGACAUUUAGCGGCCGGAGUUCAACCCUAACUUUGGAAUGGACUCAGGGUUUCACGCUUGCCUACGAAAACGGGAGUGAAAUAAUAUGGAAGUACAAAUUCUCCCAGCUUCGAGGCUCCAGUGACGACGGCAAAAGUCGUCUGAAGCUCCACUUUCAGGAGCCUGAAACUAUCGCGAUCGAGACUAAGGAACUGGAAUGCACUCAGCUACAGAAUCUCCUCUUCUGCAUGCACGCGUUUUUGACAGCAAAAGUGGCAGCCGUAGAUCCGACAUUCCUAACAUCCACAACUCCGUAACGCGUCAGCAAACCGUUAAAAACGACUCCAGUAGCAGGAAGAUCGAAAAAAGAACGCUAAAAACAGAGUCUUGACAGAGAGAGAGAGCUAAGUUGAAAAAAAAAAAAAAAGAAAAAAAGAAAAAUUCACAUGAAAAAUGAUUAACAUGUGACAAAGAGCAUGAACUGACAAAACGUCAACAAUUACCAAAUAUUAGAUCGUAAAUAUGAUAACCACCGUAACGUGUAAUAAAUUGCUGGAUUUAAAAGAAAAAGAGAGACAGUGGAAGGAGAAAAAACAAACAAGCAAACAAACAAAAAAAUAAUAGAAUUAUUAUCUGUUAAAUUGUCGUAUAUUUUAUCAGGCUGAUUAUUCGCGCUAUUACUUGUAUAUUGUUACACCUACUCGACAAUUUUUGCUUUCGUGCCAAAAACUUUACUCGCUCAAUCUUGUAUCGUAUAUUCGAAAAUGCCAUAUUAUGCAUCGAGGUUUUCGCUUCGAAAUUUGAAAGCCGAAAAGAAAAAGUUGAAAAUUCCGAGAAAAGAAUAAGCAACUAUCGAAUAUAAUUUUGGCCCGAGAGCGAAGAUUCUGACUGUCAAUACCGGACUUGAGGAAAUAAAUAAUGCAAAUCUGCUGACUAUUAGUAUUAGGAAAUAGAUAUUGAAUUUAAUUGAGAGUCGUUAAAGUUAUACUGUAUGAAUUAUUACCAUUAUUAUAGUAUAUAUGUAAAUGCAUAAAUAUACGCGACGUCGUCGAAAUAUCUUGUUGAAGAAGA